CUGAAAGGAAAAACUGGAUUGGGGUAAACGUUUUCGAAUUAUAAAAGGCGUUGCUCAAGGAGUACUUUAUCUCCACAAGUACUCCAGAUUGAAAAUCAUCCACCAGGAUCUCAAAGCAAGUAAUGUUCUGUUGGAUGGAACAUUGAACCCCAAAAUCUCAGACUUUGGAAUGGCAAGGAUUUUUGGGAUCGAUCAAAUGGAAGCAAAUACAAACAGGGUUGUUGGCACAUAUGGUUACAUGUCACCGGAGUAUGCAAUGUAUGGUUAUUUUUCAGAGAAAUUGGAUGUGUUUAGCUUCGGAGUGUUGCUCUUAGAGAUUGUAAAGAAUUCUGCUUUUUAUUGUUUUGAAGAUCCAUUUUCUCUUGCUGGAUGGGCAUGGGAAUUAUGGAAUGAAGGUAGAAUAAUGGAGGUGAUUGAUGAAUCCAUAAGGGAAACAUGCCGGCCUGAUGAAGCUUUGAGAUGUAUCCAUGUAGGGUUUUUAUGUGUCCAAGACGCUCUAACUGAUCGACCAACAAUGUCUUCUGUAGUUCUUAUGUUGGCCAAUGAAGCUACAUCGCUUCCACCUAUCAAUAAACCUGUUUUUUUCAGCAAACAGGAAUUGCAUCGCUGUUGGUUCUUCUUCUCCAACACCUAAAUUUUUUUCCAAUAAUGUAGUCACCAUUAGUUUGCCAGAAGCUCGAUAGAGGCUCGAUACGUACUGUUUCCUUUUCUUUGAACUAAAAACUGUGUAAGAAUUUUUCAUUUGGUCAAUGUUAAAACUUGGGAAUUGUUAUUGGCACUCCAAAAAUCUUAAUCUACACUCCAAACUUUCUAUAUUUAGAAAGAAAAAUACACUUGUGAGGAGUGCAUAAUGAGAUUUUUGAAGUGCCAAUAACACUUCCCUUAACCUUAAGUGUACUGUUAGUUACUUUCCUAAUCAAUGUAUCAUUUCACCAUGUGGAAAUUAGUACUUGU